UAAUGUUGAUUGGUCUCUGUAAUGCCGACUUUUGCAAUGAACUGUAAAGUCUAUCAUAUCGAGUCUUCUGAUGGCGUGAUCACUAUACUGGGAGUGCACUCCAUCAGUCAUUUGCUAGUGUGAUGGCAGACCACUUACCCUCGAGUGUUGUUUGGCAGCGUGUGUGCGGGCUUGGCAAACUUGAGGGAGUGGCCUCUCAGGUUGUCCAAUGUUAAAACAAGUGAAUGUCAUGAUAUCCUUGCAUCAUCUCCAACACCUGAGUCACAUCCACUUUGUUCUGCCUGUUCUGCAGUGUCUGAAAUAACACAUACGUUUCUUUCUGAGAGCGAGUUCCUAACAACUGGCAGUUGGCGGACAGUGCAUCAGUGAUGGCAGCAGACAUGGAGGCCAACCUCCACCAGUGGGCCAAUAACCUCUCCAGCCGCCACAAGCUCUUCUCCCACGACCAGCCACUGGCACCACACCAUUUCUCCAUACUGCUGCAGGAGAAGAACCUAAAGCCAUGUUUCUCCUUCUUGGCACGGCACGUUGUCCCGCCUGACCAGGGGAGACUGAUCAAGCUGAACCUUAAACAUGCCAGGAUCAGGAAGAGCCUGAAGGAGGAAGCUGAGGAGCCGUCAUCCCUCCAUGAUUACCUGAGACUCAAGACUGCCAUAUUGGAUGCCAGGACAGCCAUUGCUGCUGAGACAAAGGAGAUAUCACGGCUUGGCCAGAAGAAGGAAGAGCUGCGACAAAGUGAAGUGGAGGCGUGGAGGAAGAUGGGUCUGGUUAGGGCAGCACAGCAGGACAAGGAGCAGCUGACUCACCACUAUGGACAGUGGAGUGCCCAGCUGACAGAACUGCAGGAAGACCAGCAGCGGGAAGAGAGAAAAGUUGCCAAAGCAAAUCUGGCUAUCAAGGACAGGGUGCACAAUGACUUAAUGCAGCUAGAGAGGGUUCAUCAGGCCCUCCUCAGCAGCAGCAGCAGCAGUAGCAGCCGUCCCUACGCUGCAUACUCCCUCCAUCAGAUGAAGGAAGGCGUGUGGGAGAGAAUAGGUGAGAGUGUUGAUGAGUUGAGCCCCAGGGGACUGGUGGAGGCAGUGGUGGGGGAGACCCGGGACGGCCAGCAUGCCCUGCGCACCUUCCUGCAAGGGGUGGACCUCACCAGGGAUGCACAUGAACUCAGGGUGAAGUGUGAGAAUGACGGCACCUUCAUAGAUGAGAUGAACCCCAGCGGAGUGAUGGAGUCUGUGCAGGAGUUGCUGAGACAGAUGAGUGCUGCCCAUGUGAAGCUUUACUUACAGGCACACCAAGAGAACCGGGCAGCACUGUCCCUCACGCGUGCCCUCAACACCCUCACCAACAACAUCACCACAGUGGCCAAGAGAAACCAUGAAGAUGAGGAGGUGGUGGCUGCUGUGGUCACUCUAAUAAAGACCAGGUAUGCCCUUGCGGGAGAGCAUGCUGCUCUGACAGCUGCCCAGACACUCACAUCUACCCUGCAGGACCAGGCAGACACAGCUGCUCGCAUCCACAUGGCCGUGAAAGAGAAGCAUGCAAGGAUCAGAAACUUUGAGAAAGAAAUUCAAGAGAAGGUGGAGAACAUACAGUCAUUGGCAGAGAGUGUGCGGGGUGGGCGAGAGACGGUGAGGCAGCUCCUGGCAAGCCUUCGCUCCAACAUUAAGGAGGUACUGUCCUUCACCACUACUCCAACACCUUCCUCCACCAACCUGGCUCAGGAGUGUGAGAGGCUGGAAGCCAUUCCUCUGGCUUACCUCCUCACCACACAGAUGGAAAUGUCAGGCGAGCGCAAACAAAAAGUCUCCAUGUCCACAACACCGCUGGUCUGGCACAACACUGAGGCUGCAAAUGCUGGCUGGAAGGCAGUCAGUCAGUUGUGUGAUGGAACGCGGUGCUGGGACAGUGUAUACGAGGUAGCCUGCAAGUAUCUGCACCUCACCACCACAUACUACUGCCAAGUGGAGCGCCUCAUAAGUCUCCAGGAAUCCUUGUGCACUGCCAGGAAACAGUCUGAAGCCAUUUCCAGCCAGGGAACAAAAGAAUUGGUGAAGCGUGUUGAAGCCCAUGACCGGAAGCUUGAGGAAGAGGUGACAGUGAUGCUGGAUGACACAGAGAAGCAACUCACUAAAGGCUUCCAACACUUGGCCAAGUUUAACCAGCACAUGUCAGACUGGUGGGAGCAGCCAGCAAAAAACAUUCAAUUAAAAUCAUAACACCUCUGCUGCUGUUCUUGCUGGAUAAGUGGCAGAUUUGGUGCACAGGAUAUCCCAUCCAGCCUAGUGAAGCUUGGUGCUCUGUCCUGUGAUUUGAGGUAGUGUGUGUGUGUGUGUGUGUGUGUGUGUGUGUGUGUGUGUGUGUGUGUGUGUGUGUGUGUGUGUGUGUGUGUGUGUGUGUGUGUGUGUGUGUAGAUGCUUGAUGUCAGUUUUGCUUUAAGGUUAGCUUGAUAUAUAAAUAUGAAAUACCACUUUAGAAAUACCUUGUAUUGUAUAAAUGUGAGUGAAAAUUGAAUGUUUUCAUGAA